AUGCUUUUGCUUUUACAAAUAAUUGUCAUCACUCUAUCCUUCAUCUCUCUUGAACAUGAAACCUUAGCUGCACUACCUUACACUUCCGUAGUUCUUCCAAUACAUAAACAUACCGAUGCUUCUAAGCCUCUUUAUAGUGUUCAAGUCAUGACAGCCUACGUAAACAUGCAAUUCUUAAAGCAAAAUCUCCUCAUAGACACAGAUGCUCCUAUCAUAUGGCGCACUUGUUCCUUGCAAUGGAACAUGUAUCAAGGCAGUUGCCCACCCGACACACAAUGUGCCUUUCCUGUUUCUUGUGAAGAAUAUCAGUGCACCGAAGCACGAACUUCUUCUCAUACAAGAAUCCCUACUGCCAACGAGAAACCAACAAGUCAACGUUACCUGACCCAACUCAACUAUGACGAUUUCACUUUCAAUCAAAGCAAUGGUGGAAAUGUUUAUACCGGAUUAUAUGGUGCUUACCCUAAUGCUGCAUGCGCUCCUUCUUCAUCACUUCAAUCAUUCCCUGCGAAUGUUACAGGUGUCAUGGCACUUUCGUCAUCACCUUAUGCGUUACCAGCUAGAUUAGUUGACCCGCUUAAAAGAGUAAUAGGUCUAUGUUUGCCUAGCACCUUGUCUGCUCUUGGGGUUCUACUUUAUGGAGAUAGUCCUUAUUACCUUCUCCCCCAAUCAAGUGUUGACGUAAGAAGUUAUCUUUCUUAUACUCCAUUGAUAAACGUAAACCAUUCAGAUUCUUUUGGAUACUAUAUAGGUGUGAAUAACAUUGUGAUCAAAAAGAGAUCCAUUGCUAUUCCGGCUGAUGCCAUCACUAAGAUUAGUACAACCGAGCCUUACACCAUUCUUAGAAGUGACAUUUAUAAUCCUGUGGUUCGGAGGUUUUCAAUGGUUACAAAACGUAUCCCUCAGGCAACUCCAGUCCCACCUUUUGGCCUUUGCUUUAGUAGUUCCACAAGUGGUACACAAGUAUCCUUAAAAGUUCCUGAUAUUGAUUUUAGUCUUCCGGAAGGAAAGAAGUGGACAAUGUCCGCGGCUAACUCCAUUAAGCAAGUGACACCGGAUGUUGCAUGUCUGGCACUAGUGGACGGUGGUGCAUCCUUUGAACCUGCGAUCGUGAUCGGAAGCUUUCAGAUGGAAGAUAACUUUCUGGUGUUUAAUUUGGAGAACUCGACGUUUGGGUUUAGUUCUUCUUUAUUACGUAAGAAGACUUCUUGUUCAAACUUCAACUAUACGUUGGUUAGCAGCUAUUGA